AUGGCGCUAUUAUUAUUUAUCUCUUUUUUGGCAGCAGUCCAAAUUGCCCACGCUCAAUUUCUGCCCCCAUGCAUCCCAAAGUAUUACGAGCCGAAUUAUGAGGAGCCAUCGAUGGUGUGCGUUUGCAACGCAACUUAUUGCGAUGAGAUAGCCUCUCCUGGUGUGCUUGGAGCUCAUGAAGCCAUGGGCUACAAAACAAAUUCGGCAGGAAAACGCCUUUGGAGAGAUGCAUAUUUAUGGGAGGACGUUCAGAGGCACGACUACGUCAUUACGCUCGACCCAACUCAAAAGAUCAGUACUGCUCAGGAAAUCUUCGGAUUUGGCGGAACUUUCACCGAUGCUACUGGGAUCAAUUUGAUGAGUCUCAAUGCUUACGCCAGGCAACAGCUGAUCGAUACCUAUUUUUCUGUUAAAGGAAGCCAGUAUACCAUGGUAAAAACCGUUAUUGGGAGCAACGCGUUCUCCGCCCGCGUUUAUUCAAAUAACGACAAUGACGGGGAUUUGAAUAUGACCAAAUUUGCGUUGACGGAGGAGGAUAUAAAGUACAAGAUUCCGUUAAUAAAGCAAGCCAGAGCUGCGACUAAUGGACAAACCUUGGCGGUAGUAGCUUCGCCGUAUGCCCCGCCAGCCUGGAUGAAGGUUAAUGGGAAGGCUGAGGGAGGCUCGCCGUUGAAGAACCCGUAUAUGGGCCCUUAUUUCAAAGCGUAUUCGGAUUAUUUGAUCAAAUGGGUAGAACACUACCACGCCCAGGGCGUCCCAAUCUGGGGGAUGACGAUCGGAGCAAGGCCGUACGAAACCGGAUCGGUGAAACUUUUCCCGACGCAAACUCUUCAGAUGAAUGCGACAGAGCAGAGAGAUUUCAUUCUCUCCUACCUGGGGAUCGCGAUGCAACGCUCUGCGGCGGCCAAAAAUACCAAAUUAAUGAUCGUCGAUGAUGGUCGGGAACUUUUGCAGGAAUGGGGAAAUUCGAUACUAAGCGAUGGUAUGGUCAACAUGUACACUAGCGGAUUUGCUGUCCAGCAAUACGGCGACGACUACAGCGCUCCUAUUGACACCUGGGUGGUUCAUACCCAGCAUAGAGAUAAAUUCUUUUGUAUACAGAGGCAGCCACCGGCUGGACCGACUACUAUCCGGGCG